AUGGCGCUGUAUAGAACCUAUGAUGCUUUGAUGUGCAGAGCGUUUCCCACCACUCUGAGAGGUCCGGCCCGCGCGUGGUACAACGGCCUGAAGACCGGGACGAUCGCCUCCUUUGACCAACUCGUCAAGGACUUCGAACUCAACUUUUUGGCCUACGCCCGACCGAAACCUUCUAUUGCGUUGCUCCUCGGACUCAACCAAAGGGAGGACAAGCCCCUCUCCCACUUUGUGAAUUGUUUUGCAACACAAAUUCGGGGAUUACCGGACGCUCAUCCCUCUCUAUUGAUGCAGGGGUUUAUGAUAGGCCUGCGACCUUCCAGAUUCUUCUGGUCCCUCGUGGAGCGACCCCCCACUACGGUGCCUGAGAUGCUUCAACGCGCGAACCAGUUCAUCGCGGUCGAGGCUUGGAUAGUCGGGAAGUGGGAGGAGCACAAGAGGGCUAGGCGGGAGCCGGCUCGGGGACAAUCGUCCACCGCGCCGAGGCGCAGGAUGGACCGGCCUAACCCGCCGGUGCUGAGGACCCCGUUGCCCUCUUUGGGCGUGUCCCGAACGGAGAUAUUUCUCCAAAUAAGGGAAAAUGGGUUACUCAGGGCCCCCAACCCGAUGAAAAGCCCGCGGGAACUCGCCGACCGAUCCAAGUAUUGCCGCUUCCACCGGCAAAGCGGGCAUGAUACUGAGGAGUGCCGCGAGCUGAAGCGGCAAAUCGAGGAGCUCGUCCACAGAGGACACCUCAAUCGGUAUAUCCGUCGGGACAGGGAGCUUUCGCCCCAUCCGGCGAGCCCUGUGGAGCGCCAAAUCGACGUCAUCACAAGAGGCCCAGCAUCCAAAGGAAAUAGUAUGUCCGGAAGGAAGGCAUAUGCUCGCUCCGCUAGGGCCGAUGCUCCCCAACGUGGCCCCGACCCCGAGGUCGCGUUCCCUCCCGAGGGCGCUGAGCGAUCAGAGCAUGACGAUGCGCUCGUAAUAACAGCUCGGAUCACUAACACCCAGGUAAGGAGGAUCAUGAUCAACACGGGGAGCUCAACUGAUGUGCUCUAUCUUGACGCUUUCCGGAAACUUGGGUUGGCUAAAGAAGCCGUGGAGCCCAUGUGCUCGGCGCUCACGAGGUUCACCAGCGACUCGAUCUCGCCGUUGGGAGCCGUCACCCUGCCCCUGACUUUGGGAGCGCCGCCCAGAUCGAAGACGGUGAUGUCCACCUUUUUAGUGGUGGAUCUCCCUAUUGCAUACAACGCCAUCCUCGGAUGCCCACCCUCAACAAGAUUAGAGCCGUAG